AUGCAGAUGUGGACCACAUUAGUAGCAGGAAUCGCAGGUCUUAUUGGAUUAGUCUAUGUGACUGGGCUCAAGCAAGGUCAGUAUAGCAGAAGAUUGGUUUAUGGUGUUGGAGGGUUUGCUGUUGCCAAUCUCACUUUCUCCCUGGUUCAUAUCAUUCGCAAAAAAUUUUGGCUUCAUCAUAUUGAUCCUUGGAGACUUCUGAGGAAGAAGCAAGUGUUUGUCAUUGAUAAUGAUGAACAAUGGAAUCGUCACAUCGAGGACUUACAGAGGGCAAAGGAUGAGCUGCCAGUAUUAGGUUUGGACUGUGAGUGGACAUCAGAAACUCAAUCCAAAGUAUCCCUGCUUCAGCUGGCCUCAUGCAGAGGACUUUGCCUUCUUGUCCGACUCUCCAAGUUUUCGUCAGAUCCCCUUCCUCAGUCGCUCCUGGAGCUCCUGUCUGAUGGGUAUGCCUAA